UUUAGUUUUUUAUUCUCCCCCAUUUGAUAUUGAUUUUUCUCUUAUCAUCCGCAAGGAUGUUUUAAGCUGGCCCCCGGACUAAAGGAGCCUAUCUAAAUUUUCCUUUCCUUAUCAAAAAAAAAAAAAAAAAUUAAGUAACAACCCAACCAAGAAGAUAAAGAAUGUCUCAAAGGCCAAAAAAAAGUAAACAAAUUCAUGAAUUCAUAAUUUCAUAAUUUCAUAAUCUCUUGUUCUCAAUCAGUUAACCCAACCGGCCAACCCACCUUCUCUAACGCUGAUCUGUCCUUCACUACCAAACAACCAAACUCCACAUUCCCGUUUUAGAGAGAGAAACUUCUCCAACUUUCUAGAGAGAGAAAGCUUCCCCACUUUCACCGUUCGUCUAACGUCUACUCUUUUCUUCGCUCUCUCAACUCCUUUCUCUCUCUUCAACUUCUUCUUCUUCUGCGCAGAUCAAUCAUCAUCGUUUUCUCUCUCCUCAAAACCCUAAUUUCUGAAGAAUUUCACCUUACUUUGAUCGAUCAGAUCUGAAGGAAGCUUUAAAGCUAUUUUAAUGGCGGCGGUGAAAGUGCCGAGGUCAAGAGGCCAUUCUGGUGCUCCGGCAAAGGAGAAUUUACCGAAGCUUGAAGAAAGUUUAAACGCUUUUCGUAAUGAUAGGUUUGAUCCUCAGUCGUAUGUUCAGUCCAAAUGUUCUCUCAAUGAGAAGGAAAUAAAGCACUUGUGCUCAUAUUUGAUGGAUCUAAAGAAGGCGUCUGCGGAAGAAAUGCGGAGAAGUGUUUACGCUAACUAUACAGCCUUUAUACGUACAUCGAAAGAAAUAUCAGAUCUGGAAGGGGAGCUUCUUUCCAUCCGAAACCUUCUAACCACUCAAGCAACUCUUAUACAUGGGCUAGCAGAAGGAGUCCGCUUAGAAUCAUCAACAACUACUUCUGAGGGGUCUGUUAUGAAUGGUACAAGUAACAGUGAAGAAAGGGAACCUUCAGACCUGGAAAAAUGGUUGGUUGAAUUCCCUGAUCACCUUGAUGUGCUGUUAGCUGAAAGAAGAGUGGAUGAAGCUUUGACAGCUCUCAAUGAAGGAGAACGUGUAGCCUCUGAGGCUAAGGAAACAAAAACACUCAGUUCAGAUGUGAUCAUGUCACUUGAAAUUGCUAUUAAAGAACGGAGGCAGAAAUUGGCUGAUCAGCUAGCUGAAGCUGCUUGCCAGCCUACAACUCGUGGAACUGAGCUUCGUGCUUCCAUAUUAGCUCUUAAAAGACUUGGUGACGGACCCCGCGCUCACACUUUGCUUCUCAGUGCACAUUUACAACGAUACCAGUAUAACAUGCAAAGUAUCCGUCCAUCCAGUAGCUCAUAUGGAGGAGCCUACACAGCUGCUCUUUCUCAGCUGGUCUUUUCUGCCAUUGCUCAGGCAGCCAGUGAUUCUUUGACCAUCUUUGGUAGUGAACCAGCCUACACUUCCGAGUUGGUAACAUGGGCUACGCAGCAAAUUGAAGCAUUUGCUCACCUUGUGAAAAGGCAUGCAUUAGCUUCAUCAGCAGCUGCAGGAGGUCUAAGAGCAGCUGCUGAGUGUGUUCAGAUAGCUUUAGGGCAUUGUUCGUUAUUGGAAGAUCGUGGUCUUUCACUUUGUCCAACACUAGUGAAACUCUUUAGGCCUAGUGUUGAACAAGCAGUGGAUGCCAAUUUCAAAAGGAUUGAGGAGAGUACUGCUGCCUUAGCUGCUGCUGAUGAUUGGAUUUUGACAUAUCCAUCUAGUGUGGCACGUCAAUCUGGGAGGCCUUCGAGCACAUCAGUUGCUAGCAUAGUAGGGUACCAGUACAAGCUUACAAGUAGUGCUCAUCGGCUCAUCUUGAUGGUCCAGGACUUCUUUGAGGAUGUGGGACCACUGCAGAGUAUGCAGUUAGGAAGUAAGACAUUAGAAGGUGUUUAUCAGGUUUUUAACUCAUAUGUUAACAUGCUCAUAAAAGCAUUGCCAAACUCCCUAGAAGAAGAAGCUAAUUUUGAGGGAGCUGGAAAUAAAAUUGUUAGAAUGGCUGAGAAUGAAGCCCAGCAAAUUGCAUUACUGGCAAAUGCAUCAUUGUUGGCCGAUGAGCUACUUCCUCGUGCAGCCAUGAAAUUUUCUCAAUCUGAUUAUGAUGAUGCUCGUAGAAGAACUUCGGAUAGACAAAACCGCCAUCCUGAACUCAGAGAAUGGAAGAGGAGACUAGUAAGUUCAGUUGAUAGGCUCAAAAAUAGUUUCUGUCAGCACCAUGCUCUGGACCUUAUCUUUACAGAAGAGGGUGAGAGCAAUCUUUCCGCUGAUAUGUACUUAAGUAUGGAUGCAAGUGCGGAGGAUAUUGAUUGGUUUCCUUCGCCAAUAUUCCGGGAACUUUUCUUCAAACUCAAUACUAUGGCUAGUAUUGCGGCGGAGAUGUUUGCGGGCAAAGAAAGAUUUGCAACUCUGCUGUUGAUGAAACUGACAGAGACUGUCAUCUUAUGGUUGUCUCAAGACCAGAGCUUCUGGGAUGAUAUUGAGGAUGGUCCUAAGCCUUUAGGCCCUCUUUCCCUACAACAGCUCUACUUGGAUAUGAAAUUUGUCAUCUGCUUUGCUUCUCAAGGUCGCUAUCUGUCACGUAAUUUAGUCCGAGUCAUCAAUGAGAUCAUAUCUAAAGCAUUAGCAGCAUUUCAAGCAACAGGCAGAGAUCCAUAUAGUGUACUACCUGAAGACAAUUGGUUUAAUGACAUAUGUCAAGAUGCAAUUGAGACACUUAGUGGGAGGCCGAGAGAGAUCAAUGGAGAUCGCGAUGCGAAUAGCCCAACUGCUUCUGUCUCUGCUCAGUCAGUUUCGUCAUUCAGAUCUCAUGGGAGUUCUUAGCAGCAGUAUGUUGCUCAUUUGUACAUUAGACUGGAAAUGGAAGCCUCCAAAAUUUGCCACCAGAUCUUUGUUCAUAGUAAAUGAUUGAAAAUAAUAAUCCUUCUUUUUGUCCCUCCGUUUACCUUAAUUUUUAUUCAAUCUUUUCGCAUUAUUUCGGUGCAUGACUCGUAAUUUUGUAGAUCAAUACACCACAGAUCAAUACACCACAAAAGCUUCAGGAUAGAAAUUCUGUGACAUCUGGAAACAAGUUUGUAAUUACAUGCACUUCGAUUAUGUAAUCUAGUGCUAUUCUUUGAGUGCAUUUUUUAAGAGCCAAAAAUUGAAAGGCA